UGAAACUGAUUUCUGGCAACUCGGAAGCUUUGAGUGUUCCCCUAGCUGUAGCAGCAAUACUGGUUUCUGUCAAGGCAAGGUACUUGCAAAACCAUGUCUGGAGUGGGAGGAUGGAGGGAAGGCAACAGGUACAGGGCUUCCAUCAAUACUCCAUCUUCCUCUCCGGGUAACCCCUGGCAUGGCAACAAUGAAAGAGAGAAGGGUGAAAGCACCCAGAAGCUGACAGCAUCUGAAGAGAAACAAGGAGGCCAAGAAUCAGUGCACCAGCAACAGCAAAAGCAGUAUGUUGGCCCAUAUGUCUUGGUAACUCCAAAUGAAACCAGAAGAAUACAGUUGCAGCAAAUUGCUAAGAAAGAGCUCGAUGACCUGGAGCAAUGGAAGAAAGAACACAGGCCAGGGCCAAUUAUGUUGGUGCCACAGAGACUGGGUGGAAACGAAUCAGAGGCUCAAGUACGACAAAACCAGCAAAUGAUUCUUAUGCAAUCUAAAUACCAGAAAAAGCACAAGAGAGAAGAGUAUGUAAAAGCAAAAAAGGCAGCUGAAGAAGCUGAAAUCCUGAAAAAGAAAGCAAUUCAGAGAGAAAAGGCAGAGAGACUUGAAGUUAAAAAAAGACAAGAAGAAAUGCGAAGAAGAGAGAUGCUUCUUGAAGAUCAAAAGUACAAAACCAAUGAAUUACUGAACAGAUUGGACGUGGGUUUGCCAAAGAGUGAUUCCUGUCAGAUUGCUAAUCCUGGCCCAAAAUCUACAGCAUGGAAAAGAAGCCAUGCUUAUAAGCAAGCUCUUCGAGACGAUGAAAACAAAAGAUUAGAGGAAAUGAGGCAAGAACAACAGAGGAAGGCUGAAUUAUUGGAAUUUAAACAAAAGCAGGAAGAGGAAAUCAGGACAAGAUCACUUAAAAAUGAACAGAGAAGGGUAAAUAAUGCUUUCCUGGACCGACUCCAAAACAAAACACAGCCUAAUAACAUGUACUACCCUGGAUAUACUGGAUUACCUCAAUAAUGGCACCUUGUAGUCAAACUACUUGGAAUAAAGGAGGAGCAAGGGUAUUGCAGAAAUAUUCACUUUUAUCUGGCCUAGACCAAACGACCGCAUAAAAGCUGCAAGAAACUGCUUUUUAUUGUGGUUCUUUUCUUUACCCUGGCUUCAGCUGCACACCCUCUUCAUGAGCAAUCUGCAGAGACUGGUUUCUAGCUGUCAUUAUUCAUGCAUACAUAUUUGAAACAGCUGUUUAUGAAAGUCCUAUUUAAUUUUUAAUAGGAAUAUGUGUAAUUCUUUUUCAUAAAUUGUUUUGCCUCUUGGAGAAUGUAAUUAUCCCAGUCUUCAUGAUCUCUGGAAAAGAAGACAUAAGUGACUGCAGAAACUGCAGUAAUAUCUGUAUUUACUUGCUGCAAUUUACCCAGAAAAAUACAAUUCAGAGACCAUCUAAAAAAGCAGGUUGAGAGUUUUCUUUUGGGAAGAGAAGGAGAAGUGUUGCUGGGAUUUUGUUUGUUUGUUUGUUUGUUUUCUGUUUGUUUUUGUGGAAGUUUUGUGAAAUUAUUUUACUCUUGUACUCAAUUGCAGACACUCAAGAAGAAAAAUGUGCAUUGUAGACAGUAUCUCUGAAAUAAGUUCUUAGAAAAAUACAUAACAUGAAAUAAAGAAAUAAAGCUUGAAAUAACACUGAAAUGUA